UCUGGCAGUUGAUGACAGAAUAGAAAGAGAAGAAAUGGAUAAGAAGAUGGCUCAACUAAUGAAAAGCGCAAAUUUUGGUGAAGUUUUUUCUUCGUGGAUUCAUCUCAAAGCCUUGAGAGUUUAUGUGGAAUCGGUUUUGCGUUAUGGAUUGCCACCAGAUUUUAUGUCGGCGAUAAUAAAACCAAAACCAAAAAUGGAAAAGAAAAUAAGGGAGAUAUUAAACGUACAAUAUGGAAAACUUGGAGGGGUAUUUACUAAAACGACACAAAAAGAGGAAAACAUUGAUGAAUUUCACAGCCUCGUUGACAAGGAUUACUAUCCGUACGUGUGGUUCCAAAUUCAACUUGACGCUCUAAAACGGUAG